UUGGCUCGAACCCACCUCUUCUACACGACGGACAUGAGGAUCCGUAUAAAAGGGCAGCUUGUAUCUGUGGCACCUUAGUCGUCCACUGCCUCAGCCCCGCCAGCAGAUUUUUCAAAACUGCUAUAUCAUGUGCGACGAUGAGGACACUUGCGCCAUUGUGUGCGACAAUGGCUCCGGCAUGGUCAAGGCUGGCUUCGCCGGUGAUGACGCUCCCCGGUCUGUCUUCCCCUCCAUCGUCGGCCGCGCCCGUCACCAGGGUGUGAUGGUCGGUAUGGGUCAGAAGGACGCCUACGUCGGUGAUGAGGCCCAGAGCAAGCGAGGUAUCCUCACUCUCAAGUACCCCAUCGAGCACGGAAUCAUUACCAACUGGGACGACAUGGAGAAGAUCUGGCAUCACACCUUCUACAAUGAGCUCCGUGUUGCACCCGAAGAAUCUGCAACUCUACUGACGGAGGCUCCCCUUAACCCCAAGGCCAACCGUGAGAAGAUGACACAAAUCAUGUUCGAAACAUUUGCUAUGCCCGCCAUGUACGUGGCCAUCCAGGCCGUGCUGUCUCUGUACGCCUCUGGUCGUACUACUGGUCUAGUGUGUGACUCUGGUGAUGGCGUCACUCAUAAUGUUCCCGUGUAUGAAGGUUAUGCUCUACCGCACGCAAUUCUUCGUCUUGACCUGGCUGGUCGUGAUCUCACUAUGUACCUGAUGAAGAUCAUGACUGAGCGUGGUUAUUCCUUCACCACCACGGCUGAGCGUGAAAUUGUUCGUGACAUCAAGGAAAAGCUUUGCUAUAUCGCUCUUGAUUUUGAGAGUGAGAUGAAUGUGGCCUCUGCCUCCUCUUCCCUGGACAAGUCUUAUGAACUUCCCGACGGUCAGGUCAUCACCAUUGGUAAUGAACGUUUCCGUGCUCCUGAGGCUCUGUUCCAGCCUUCCUUCCUGGGUAUGGAAUCUGUUGGCAUUCAUGAGUCAGUAUACAACUCCAUCAUGAGGUGCGACAUUGACAUCAGGAAGGACCUGUUCGCCAACACCGUCAUGUCUGGAGGUACCACCAUGUACCCUGGUAUUGCUGACCGCAUGCAGAAGGAAAUAACUAAUCUGGCUCCUACUACCAUCAAGAUCAAGAUCAUUGCUCCUCCCGAGCGUAAGUACUCCGUCUGGAUCGGUGGCUCCAUCCUGGCCUCUCUGUCUACUUUUCAGUCCAUGUGGGUAUCAAAGGAAGAAUAUGAUGAGUCCGGCCCCGGAAUUGUCCACCGCAAGUGCUUCUAAAAUUUUUAUUCAAUAUUAUUUUUAUACAUAAUCACCCAACUUUCAAUUUCGAAACAAUAGUUUUAAGAUUUUUUAUAUAUUUUUCGAUACAGCCUUUGUAUGUUACAACAUCAAACAAGCUUCAUAUAUCUGUACUUCAUAAAAAAGUAUAUUUUAUAUGAAUAUUAC